GUUGAGUUUUACCGUGAUAAUAGCCCUACAGUUAUCCAUCUUAUUCCUUAUCUUAAGGUGCUAGUGUUCUUGGAUUGUCAUUAUAUAGAUAACUUCUUGAUCAAUGCUCCAAGACUUAAAUACCUCAGCUUCAUCGAUACUCAGAUCGUGUUACAAUGGAAAUGGUUUGAGCCUCAUUUUCGAGUCAUUAAGACUCUUUGCUUCUGUGCGUAUACAUUUUUGUAUAACAUUCCUGCUACGAUAAAUAUGCAAGAGAGGCUUCCAAUUGCUCAAAAUCUGCAAGUGAUUGAGCUGCAUGAUUUUAGUUUUGCUCACACGAAUUGCUUCACUCUUGUUAUUCAUUUGCUUCGGAAAUGCCCAAAGCUAUGCAAAUUGGAGAUAAUUAUUAUAAAGCCUGAGGUGUCAUAUCAGAGUGGUGAAGCCGAUCCAUGUAUUUUGAGAGAUCCGGACGGUUGGUUUCGUGAUCAGGAUCUCAGUGACCUUAGAACAGUCGAGAUGAAAUCAUUUAGUGGAUUAAGACAGGAAAUGCUCUUUAUCAAAUUAAUCCUAUCAAAAGCUCCCUUCCUUGAGGAAGUUUUAAUUACGGAAUCAGUUGACAUUGAUACCUCUGUGUCUUUAGAGGUACAAAGGGAGAUGACCUCCUUCCCUCAUGCAUCUCCAAAAGCAAAAGUUGUUUUCAUGGCCCUAGCUAGGGGCUGCUCUAUUCCCUGAAUAUUAGGCAUUUGUUGCCCUCUUUAACGGGCGUCUCCAUUGGUUCUGCUUGCAUAUGAUCUACACAAAUUCUAAGACCUUAUGGUGCAAUAUAUGGUGUGGCAUCCAAUUUUCUUACAUUUUAUUUUGUGACUUAUGGGUUCUUCCAUUUCAUAACCCCAUUUAAGUCACAAGUUACAUAAUAAGUUAUUUUAUGACUUAUAGAUUCUUCAAUAUUCAUGGGAGCUUUGAAACCAAUGUGCAUGGGAAACUGAAGCGCUCGUGAAGUGACAUUUGGUAAUAUAACCACAUUUAACUCACAGGUUACAAUGUUUUACUUCUUGCUUAUGGAUGAGCGCAGUUAAUAUAUGCUACAGAGAAGUAGAACUCUACUGGAUUUGCUGGAUUAUCUGCCUUUGUUGUUGUUGCAUUCUAUCAUCAUUGUGGGAUUGUACUGUUUUUAGUCUGUGUUUAGAAAAUAGGUUGUAUAAGCUGAAUAAUGGGAGCUAGGACUGGGACCGGUUCGGUUCUUACUCAAAAUGAGUGGAACCGUUAUAAAAGUUUUAACUAAUGAAAUCGGUUCGGUUCCUAUAUAAAAAAUCAGGAACCGUUAUGGAACCGAACCGGUAGUAAACGGUUCGGUUCUUCCUUUUACCGGUUCCUAGAAUAAUUUUUUCUCGUCUAAGAAUUAACACAUAAUUUUAAACACGUCGAAAAUUCAAAACACGAGUAUUAAAAUUUUAUUUGAAGCUCUAAUCACUUCAAAUGUUAAAGCUCAAACUUAACUAAUGAACUUUGAACACUUAAUAGAACAAAAGUGAUUUAAAUUUUCAUGUAAUAAAUGAAACAUUAAAAAUCGUUGUAGUGUCGGAGCGAUGAAGGUUACUCGUCAUCAUAGUAGCAAGAAUAGGACACCUACUUCAAGUCUUUCAAAACAUUAAAAAAAGACAUUGAGUUUGCAUGUAUAGAUAUAAAAAAUAUUAUCACAUUCUAUUGAUUCAUAAUAAAUCUAAUAAUUAGAAAUAUUAUAAAAAUAGUAAAGUAAAAUAUGUGCAAUCAACUACAAGUUAUUUGGGUUAUUUUAUAUUUAUAAAAUUUAUGUGAUGGAACAAAAAUUGAUUUGUAGAAAGGAGUUUAAUGUAUAUAUCAACCUCAUGUACAAUAUUUAUUACUUCUUUUCCGUUGAUUAAAUUAGAAUUGUUAGUUAAAUAUCUUAUAUUGUUUUAUUAUUGUUGUUGUGGUGGUGGUUAUUAUUGCUAUUAUAUUAUUAUUAUUAUUAUUGUUACUACUACUACUACUAAUAUUAUUUUAUUUUUUAUUUUUUUAAUAACGGUUCCUUAACGGUUCCAUGCACAUAUUUUUUAUAGGAACCGGGAACCGAACCGUUAUAACCCGCUUCGGUUCGGUUCCUACAAAUGAGGCAUUAAUUGUUAACGGUUCGGUUCCUAGAUGUUGUUAACGGUUCGGUUCCAAUCGGUUCUACGGUUCCCAGUUCCAAAAUCCCACCCCUAAUGGGAGCUUUAUAAAAGUCUGAGUAUAUCAAUGCUGAUAUAAUCAUGUGAGCAUACUCCGUAAGUUACUCAAGUCAAAAGAUUUUAACAGUUGCAGAACAAGAUAAAUAUUAUAUUAUGUCUCUUACCUCCUUAGCAGGAGGGGGGUGAAUUCUGUUUGUCUGUGAUUCCUCAUUUUAUGCCUCCAUUCCAUAUACUCGGAUUGAUCCGCAAACUACUCAAGAACUGGUCUUAGGUUUUAGGGGAUCUUUGUCUUUGCCUCACGGUUGUGUAUUGCGCUUUAAUUGUUGUUCUUGUGUGAACCAUGACUUGAUUUAUGAGAACCAAUCGCCUUUCCCCCCAAACCAGCCAUUUCUCUAUUAAUAGUGUAAUUGAUAAGCAAUAUAUUCAGCAAUAUAUUAAGCAACUCUAAAUUGACCCCUUAAACUUCUUAUUGCGAUUACUAAUGCUUGACAAGGAUAAAGUUACUUUUUCCUAUGAGCACUUAACUAUGUGCACAAAAUUGUAAAUACCAAACUUGAAUAUGACAAAAGUCAGAUGCUUAUAUUUAGAGAUUUAGGAGUUAAGCUUGGGAAUAAAGGAAGUAAUACUCUUGCUUUUAUAAGUUUCUGGCUUUUCUCACCUGAACUUAAACGCAAAUAAAAGGUAUAUGCAUUAGAUGGAAAUAAUACAACCAAUACAAAUUUAUUUCUUUUUAAAUGGUGUAGACAUCUACUAAUAUAUAAAAGGAAAAGAUUUCUUGGAAUGAAAGUUGCCGCUCAAAAACAUCACUGUCAGGAACACUGUUUCGUUAUUGCAAUUUCAAUUGGUGGCUUGAAGAGGUGGGUACAGUGAUAGGAUGAUGUGUCGCUAUCAUGGAUAUUUGGAUGAUUUUUUGUUGAAAAAAAUUAGGCGUGUUUAUUUGGUCAAAAUAAUUGAAGCUGAUUUUGGAUAAGAGUUUGGGUGACUCUUAAAUGGAUUCAAUUCUAAUUGGUGGAUGAAGAGGUGGGAACAGUAAUCUAGAUUUAGAAUAUCUUAUGUAAACUAUACUACAUAUUUCUCUAUGAAGAGCUUCCACAAAUUUAAAAUCAUCAUUUAAGAUCCGCUUUUCAUAUUUUGAUGGAAUAUCAAUAACUCAUUGUUUUAAUAUCUGCAGAGCUCAAAGAUCCAUCUCACAUUCCACAUAAAAAACGUGUUGUUUUAAUGAAGUUUUUCUUAUUUUCUGUAUAUUAUAUUUCAUAUUUUGAUGGAAUAUAAAAAACUCAUUGUUUUAAUAUGUACGGGGCUCAGAUCCAUCCCGCAUUCAAUAUUAGUUCAUUGUGUAUAGCAGUUUAAUUAAUAGAUGCAAUUGGAU